AUGUCAUUAAAAGAUAUUAAACCGACAGAAUACUAUGACCAAGACAAUGGCGGAGCGAUCCCUGUCUUCCGUCCAACCAUGGAACAAUUCAAAGACUUUAAAGCAUUUAUGGAAGCCAUAGACAGCUACGGAAAGCUAUCAGGAAUAGUCAAGGUGAUUCCUCCCAAGGAAUGGAAGGACAAUCUACCUGACAUUAGCCAAGGCCUUGAACGAGUCCGGGUCCAAAACCCAAUUAUUCAACAUAUCAUUGGAAGUCAAGGUGUUUACACACAGACCAACGUAGAGAAACGACGGCCAUACACCUUGAAUCAAUGGCAUGCGCUGUGCGAAAAGACAGAGCACAGAUUGCCCGACAUUGGAGCCGAUCGUACAUCUGUUGUCCCGGUUACCCAACCACGCAAGAAGAAGAUCCCCACACAAGAAAUAGUAAAUGCUCCUGCUCCAUUCGCCAAUACACGAUCAAAGCGAAAGUCAGCUGUCAGUAGUCGUAGUAAAAAAAGUAGCAAUACUAUCAAUAGUACUCACACACAACCCACCCACUUAAACUCUCCACCUCCAUCACCAAAGACGCCCACCAACUCUGGACCGACAACCAAACCGUCGUUACUAUCAUCAUCAAUAUCAUCAAUAUUAAAAAAUAAACGUCAAAUCCUUGCAGAAGAAAUCAGUCUAGCCGAAUCAACAAAACCUGUCCCACUCGACUUUGAUUCCAACUGUCUCAAUCCUGAGAAAUACGAUGUUAAUUACUGCAAAGAACUCGAACGUGAAUACUGGAGAAAUCUUACAUUUACCCAACCAAUGUAUGGAGCCGAUAUGGUUGGCACUUUAUUUGAUACGUCUGUUAGCUCUUGGAAUGUUAACAAACUGGACAAUCUAUUAAAUCGUCUGGGAGUUACCUUGCCUGGUGUCAAUACACCUUACUUGUACUUUGGAAUGUGGAAGUCUACUUUUGCCUGGCAUGUAGAGGACAUGGAUCUUUAUUCGAUCAACUACCUUCACGUUGGUGCACCUAAACAAUGGUACUCUAUCCCUACUACACACAGCAAAAAGUUUGAAGGUGUAAUGCAAAAUAUAUUUUUUCAACAACACAAGGCUUGUCAUGAAUUCCUGCGCCACAAGACAUUUAUAGCCUCACCCAAAGUACUGGCUCAUCACGCCAUACCUGUACACAGAUGUGUUCAGCAUGAGGGUGAAUUUAUGAUCACAUUUCCGUUUGGAUAUCACUCGGGCUACAAUCUUGGCUUCAACUGUGCUGAAAGUGUGAACUUUGCUAUCGACUCAUGGCUAGAGAUCGGGAAGCAGGCAAAGGCAUGCAAUUGUAUCAACGACAGCGUUAUGAUUGAUGUGUCAGUCUUGGAAGAGCACCAAAGACAGCAACAACCUGAAGAUGAAUAUAAUGUUGUUGAUGAUGAUAAUGGAGAUAAAGAUCAGUACCAGAAUCAAUAUAAGCAUAAUCAACAACCAAAACAGCAACUUCAAGAACAAGUACAAACAUCCCGUAGAGAACCAAAGAGUCGGAUUAACAAAAAUAUUAUGUCAAAAAAGAAAACAAAACCGAAAAAUAAGAAACAAAUCACAACAAUCAAUUCCAAUCAAACAUCUCAAAAGUGCGUGCUUUGCUCUAGUGAUGAACCUACUGAUAUGGCCACUGUCGAAGGCAACCCUGUGCACAGACUGUGUGCAGAAGUUAUACCUGAUACUUAUCCAGAUAUGCUACAAGAUGGUACAAACGUAAUAAAUGGAGUCAAGGAUAUUCCUAAUGCCCGAUGGAGAUUGGUUUGUCAAUAUUGUCGUAUUCCUGAAGGAGCAUGUACACAAUGCUGUAGUGAACGUUGUUGUCGUUCUUUCCAUGCUACCUGUGCAAAGGAAGCAGGAGCGACGAUGCUUCGGCGAAUUACAGAAGACGAUGGUCACAUAAUUUAUGAUGUGUAUUGCAGUCAACAUGAUCCAAAGUCUCAAGAGAAAAGGAAAAAAGAAAAACAAUCAUUUGUUGAUAGUAUGAUGGUAGAAAUGAAGAUUGGACGACAAGUAUCUAUACAUUGGAAUGGGGCAGAAGCAGCAAGAGGGCUAAUUGAAUAUUGGAAUGCAUCAAAGCAAACUUGUCGAAUUGCAUUUGAAGAUGGCAUUUCAAGAAAUACACCUUGGAGAGAUAUCAGAUUCACACUCUGAGUAUCCAUAAUUCCCUCCUAUCUCUCUAUCUUGAUUUCUUGAUUUCUUCAUCUUUUGUACAUCUUUCUUACACUACAACACUAUAUUAUUGUCUUCUUUUUGUCCAUCUUCUUUGCUUUUACGUUUAUUAUAUUUCCUAAUAAUUUGCUUUGCUCUACACUGUUCUGUACUGUACUGUUCUGCUUCCUUGUUGUUUUCUUAUAUUAUGUAUGUAUUCAUGUAUGUAUCUCCUCCAACCUUUUUUUCUUACUUUUUUUUAUCCUUAACCACCUUUCUCUUCUACCCUCUGUUAUCUAUCUACCUACAUAUAUAUAUCUGUACAUGUGUUCUUUCUUUUAAAAAAUAAUAAUAAAUAAAUAAAUGGUUUCAAAAGCG